CUCCUAAGAGGAUUAUGUUUUAAAGGUAGAUGUGUGAUUACAUUAAAUAUUUGACUAUUAUAAUUACUUUCCUGUAUUGUGUCUCACUAGGAGUUAUUUUUCAAGCUUACUGAUCAGAAAUAAACACUAAUUUGGGGAGGUGGGGCAUGUUUCUCACUCAUGCUGUAUAAAUAUGAAAAUGAAUUCUGAUUCUGCAGAACAAGUAUCUCAGUGACUAGAUUUGUUCACACAGAAUUUAGUUUUUCUACUAUUGACCAUGUACCUCCACUGGCUAAUGUUUGCUCUUGCCUCAGUUGGGUUGGUGUCUGAUGCUGAAAACUGCAAUCAAACAGAAUAUUCUGCAGCUUAUGACAAACUUUUUGUACAUCUUGGCUUGGACAAGAAUGGCGAUCAGAAACGGCCGUUUUAUGACGAGGAUGGUACCCAUGUUUAUAUGGAACUAUAUGUGUCCUCCAUCAUAGAUGUGAAUGAAAAAGCCCAAAGCCUCAUGACACAGGUCAGAUUGAUAACUGCUUGGAUGAAUAGAAAUAUGGGAUGGAACAGCAAUGAGUUUUGUGAAAUGCGUACAUUUUCAGGCCGGAAAGACAAGGUUUGGACUCCGGACAUUGUCAUAGUAGAAAGCAUCAAGACAGAGUUUGGAACAAAGGAGUCUCCAUAUCUGCAGUUCUACGAUUAUGGUUAUACAGUCUUGUCUGACAUUUUAGCUCUGACUUCAGCCUGUAAGAUGGACCUGCACAAGUUUCCAUUUGACAUACACAGCUGCAAUAUGACGCUUCAAUCUUCAGCAUAUUCAAUCGAGGAGCUUAAAGUUCUAACAUUCACGGAUCCAAACUGGGUAACCCACGAGUCAAAGCAGAGUUUUCAGGCCCAGGGAGAGUGGGAGCUCGUCAAUAUAAAUAUUGAUAAGUCUAAUAUUUCUGUGGGAUAUGAAUGGGAUAUGAAGGAUCAGCUCAUAUAUCAGAUCACCAUAAAGAGGAGACCUCUGCUGUAUGUCAUCAACAUUAUACUGCCAGUAUUUUUUUUCCUUGUGUUGGAUGUGAUGUCCUUCUUCAUUGACGCAAGUGGAGCAGACAAGCUGAGCUUUAAAGUGACUUUACUGCUGUCUAUUUCUGUGUUGCUGUUGAUUCUUAAUGACACGCUGCCCUCUACAGCUGAUAAAAUCCCACUGAUUGUUUUCACAGGGAUUUACUGCAGUGUGGUUUUCAGUCUAAUUGGCAUCAGCAUUCUGGAGACCAUUCUUGUGAAUUUUCUGAUGACCAGAGGAGUUAAGAAGAGAUCAGCAGCAUCACUAGAAACCACAACUGCUGAUGCUAUAGGAUCCCUGCAGAGCUCUCCAGACUCAGUCAGAGAUCAGAAUGGAGAACAGUCUUGUACUCUGGACCUUCUGAAGCAGAUCCUCAGCGAGUGUCUGGCUGCAACUCAACAAAACCAACAAGAAAAUGCAUCUCUGUGCUGGACCAGAGUGGCAAGAAUCAUAGAUGUGACCUUUUUGGUUCUUUACAUUAUAACCAUUAUUGUGUUUCUGUCUGUGCUUGGGAAGAUUUGGUUUCAUAGUGAUGUCUUAUUAGAUGAUGGCACACAGUAAUAACUUUUAUUCAUGGUGAUUUAUUAGAAUGCAGGUUGAUAUUUUAGUUUUAUAUUCAUGGAAAUGGUUUUUAUUUCAAGUUUCUUCUUAUCUUUCAAUUCCAUAAAAAAAAGCCAUACAA